AUGAAGCUUAAUAUAAAAAAAAGAAACCCGGUAGAACAACAAGAAAAAGAGAUAGUGGGAAAAGGAAGAAAAAGAGAUGCAAGCCAGACUAUUGCAUGGCUGCUCAUUCACUUGGCCGGGCUGUGUCAAGUAUGGGGAAGAAUGACCCCAGAUGAGCUAAAAACCAUUCAGACAACGGAAAUUGCAGUGGGCUUCAAUAGGCGGGUGGUAGUCAAUCCAGACAGCGUGCUAAAUCCACUGCAUGGAAGAGUAAUGAACAACAUCCGGCUCAUGCACAACAAAAGAUUUAUAGCGCCCGAGAUAAAAAUAAAGUACGCUAUAAAAGCCAAAAAGGCCAACGCAUUAUAUCCUAUCUACAUGUAUGCACGAGACUGCAGACUGGACAGAGUGCGCAAUGAUAGUGACCUUGCGUAUAAAGGCAGAUUGCUCGAGUAUAAGAAAGAGUACUUUAAUACGCUUCUUGAGCUGUUUCCCUCUAUAUAUGGAUAUGUGUCCAUAUGGUCGGACAGAGAAGACUCUUUUUUUUCUUUUAUUAACAGCGCAGAUGUAAAAGAGUACAAGUAUAAAAUACUUGCCUCAUUGCUGCUGCUUACAGAGGGAGUCGAUGUGCCGCUGGCAGCUAAUAGAACAGAGCUGGUUUUGAAAAAAGUAGGCUGUAGUAAAGUACAUUUCAGAUUGCAUACCCAGCCUGUGGAAUCAGAUAACCCAAAAGACAGGCACCCACCUAGAAGGAAGCUAGAACUAGAAAAUUCCGCAGUUGUGGAUGUAGUGGACUUCUUUAUAAAAAACAGAAAGAAUGAAAUUCUCAAAGCAGAGGGGUACACCGUAGAGCCUGCCAACUAUGAAGAGUUUAAGAAAGGCGAGUUUAUGAAUAGCCCUGGGUUCCUCAUACAGACGUACAUAUAUCACUGCGUGGAGAGCACUGAAAAGAUGAUUUUGUUCAUUCAGACAGUGUAUGAUCUGCUAAGUGAGUACAUGGCACAGAAUGAAGCUGGCUCUGGUAUAGAAGCCCCAGAAGAAUUCAGUACAGAAAAAACGCUGGCCAAGCAAGCAAAGGAUGUUUUUGAUCAUUACUUUGUGCAAACAAGCCGCUCUCAAGUUGGAUUGCAAUAUAUAGACAUUGCACUGCAGGCUGAGGUGCCGCUGUACAACCAUGGAGUAGACUAUUGGGGCGAGCUUCUGCAUUUAGAGCUAGCCAAUGAUCUUUUACCCACUAGAAAGCCCAUGAACAGUCUGAGACUUCUCUCUUCAUUUGUGCUUGAUGUAAAUCUUCCGAAUGACAGGCCUGUUUACUAUGGAGACAUUUUAAUCCCUUUUUCUGAGUUCAUUGACUGUGGAGAAACAGCGCUGCUAGGCCUUUUCUGCUGGGCUGCAUAUGACUGCAGGAAGAACAUAUACACAGCCGACCACAUAAAGUCUGCCUCUGAGAAGCUGAAAAGCUUUUUCCAAAAACACUGGAGUAUGUAUGGAAACGUGUCAAAGGAGAUGCACAAUGAGUGGAACCAAGUGGUGAUGCAUCUGCAAAGCACAAAUGUACGGUAUCUAAGAUCAGACGAAAAUCAGGUUGGGCCAGGAAUAGUAAACCUGAUGUAUGCUGCUGCAAAAAUUGCAGGCAUAGAUGAAAUGCCAGAGGUAGAAGGGUUUAAGAGGAAAAUAGAAGAGAUAAGAGAUGAGCGCACAACGGACAAAGUCAGAAGGCUUAGCAUGAAACAUAGCAAAAAGAACAUUUCAGAGAAAGAGAAAAAGAAAAUGGAAGAAGAGAUAAGAAAACUGAUAGAUGCGAAAGAGCAGGCACAGUUGAAAAAUCUUAUUCUAAAGCUAAAGUGUGCAGGAAGACAAGAAGAGAAUAGCAUACAACUAGAGAUAAAGAGAUUGGAGGAUGAAAUAGACAAAAGAAAUAAGACUGAUCUUAAUUUGCUAGUGCUCUGCUAUAUGGAAAAGGAAGAUAGAUUGAAGGAAGCAAUAAGCUGCAAUAUAGAAGCAUGUCUCUGUGGGCUAGUUAAAAAGAUUGCACUAGAUAAGAACAUAGAUGUUAAAAUUUCAAGAGCGUAUAAAGAGACCCUCAUACAUGGAUAUAGCGAUAUAUUCGGGCAGAUAGAAAUAUCUUAUAAUCUGAAUGGGGCGCAUGAAGUGAAUAGAAUGCAUGCACAUCCGUACAUCUACCGCUUUAGAAUAGUUCCCAAAUACAAAAGCGAUUCAGAAGAUGAGCCGCACUGGUAUGGCAAAUUUAAAAUUAGCAGAAGCAAAAGCACAGAGGCCACUAGACAAAUAGCGUGUUCUUUUCAGUGGCUGCAAAUCAUUCCUAGAGUAGCAGAAAAGUCAUUUAUUAUGUGGAUGCUUAAUUUCUACAUAGAUAAUAGCGAGCAGAUAGAUAUGUUCUGCAUAGCUCUUUCCCCUUAUAAAGCACAUGAUCUGAUAGAAAAAGCGAUAGGCGAUAAUAAAAAACGCAUCAAUAUAGACAUGAUUUUGCUUGAUCCACUGGUGCACAACAGAAGACAUAUAAGGAACACUGUGCACGCGCUGCUUAUCUAUGGGAUAGUGGCGCGCCUUGGUAGCAGCUGCGCUCUUAGGUGCUUGGCCGAUAAUGUAAUGGGCAGUUCUCUUUUCAUUGAAAAAAAGCAAAAGAAUGCGAUGUUUAUCCCUUUUAGUGUCAUUACUGUGCCUAAGCACUACCCACACGUGCGCAUAGAUGAAAGUGUGUAUGAAAAGACACACAGCUUUCUGUACGCGCUGAAAAACACGCUGGCAUCUGUAGACGUUUCUUCAUCUAUAGGCAGUACGCUGCUGCCUAUCAUAAUCACGAAUCUAAUGGUGCAGUUUCGGAAGACAUGCCUUGAUAACAGCUACUAUUCUACUUUGCAGAGAUUUGCAAGAAUGUUGAGCAACAGAGAGAGGUCUUUGUUUUUCGACAUUCUGAUACAGCAGAAGAAAACUAUGAAAAAUAUUGAGAUAGUUGUUCGGGCUAUGCGGGAGGUAGAAAAGACACAUCCAAGCACAGCUUUCGGGUGCCAUAGUAAUGAGUUUUUGAUAUGGAUUAUUGGGCUUGCAUGCAGCAAGCACAGAAUAAAUUUUGCAUACAAUAUCAUAAAAGAGUGUUAUGACUUAAUUGAUCUAGAAUGCCCAGGGAGAACUCGGUUUGGGGGGCAUUAUAGUAAAUGGAAGGCACAUUUUCAGUCAGAAGUGCUUCUUGGAAGGAUAAAGGACAUAGUAUGUGUUGAGAGUAACGAGGAGAGCAUAGAAAGGUUUGAACUAAUAUACAGGCUGCUUACAUAA